CUCGUCUGCAGAGAAGGCAAGAAAAAUAUUUAAGAAUCCUUUACCAUGUGAGAUUAGGCAGAUGUAUAAAACGUGGGAAACGGUGCACAAUUUUGUAGAAAAGCACCUACCUGAACACAGUUGUAGCAACACGAGUGAUGAAUCUGCUUAAUGACAAUGAAAUGUUACAUUUUUGUAAAAUCCUCCAAAGGAGGCAAAAGCAAGUGUCCUUAGAUAGGUUCCUUGUUAAAGUUACAAGAAAAGAAAAAGAUUCCAUUGAACCAAUAGAUAGCAGAUUCCAUUAGUGAUAGUAAAAUUUGUCUUACACAAUAACUCUAUUCUCUCAUGUCUCUCACACCAGCCAUGAAAGUUUUCAAAGGUUGUCCAGAGAAACAAAAACUCUCCCCUAGGGGAUUAUUUUCCAGCCGUACACCAGAGACUUAGGGCCAUAACAGCAGAGAUAGCAGCAAAAGAAGAAAAGGAAAGAAUUGAUUUUCUGGCAAACACAGAACUGAGUCCUUGUGAAAAAGGCUCUGGGACUUCCAUCUCCCUACCAGUAGACAAAGUCCUCUGGGAACCAUGAGGAGUUUUUUCCACUGCCACCUCUUUAGAUUCAUCUGGUUCACCAAGCCAUCCAUCCGGUCCUUUCACAGAGGUCACCAGCUUUGGGCAGCCAUGACUUCUGCUGACUUUGAAGCCAUAAAUCGCUGUGACAGGCCACUGCCUAAAAACUUUAACUUUGCUGGGGAUGUGCUGGAUCAGUGGUCCCAAAAGGAGAAGACAGGGGAGAGGCCAACCAAUCCAGCCCUGUGGUGGGUGAAUGGCAAGGGGGAUGAGGUGAAGUGGAGCUUCAGAGAACUGAGCUCUUUGUCCCAAAAGGCCGCCAACGUGUUCACCAAGUCCUGCGGCUUACAGAGAGGAGAUCGAGUGGUCGUGAUUCUACCCCGAAUCCCUGAAUGGUGGCUCAUCCAUGUGGCUUGCAUACGAACAGGACUUGUAUUCAUUCCGGGAACAACCCAGCUGACAGCCAAAGACAUCCUGUACCGGCUGCAAGCGUCAAAGGCCAAGUGCAUUGUGGUCAGUGAGGAGGUGGCCCCUGCAGUGGAGUCCAUAGCAUCUGAGUGUCCCAACCUGAAGAACAAAGUCCUGGUGUCUCCACAUAACUGGAACGGUUGGCUCAGCUUCCAGGAAUUAUUUCAAUCUUCCUCUGAAGAGCACAGCUGUGUGGACACAGGGAGUCAAGAACCAAUGGCCAUUUAUUUCACCAGUGGGACCACAGGCUUCCCUAAGAUGGUUCAGCACUCUCAGAGCAGCCUUGGCAUUGGAUAUGCCCUCUGUGGCAGGCAUUGGCUGGACUUGAAUCCCUCGGAUAUCAUAUGGAAUAUGUCGGACACAGGUUGGGUCAAGGCUGCCAUUGGUAGUGUGUUUUCUUCCUGGCUUCGGGGUGCCUGUGUUUUUGUGCAUCGAAUGGCCUCGUUUGACUCUGACACCUUCCUAGACACGCUUACCACCUAUCCCAUCACCCACAUAUGCAGCGCACCCACUGUGUACCGGAUGCUUGUGCAGAAAGACCUUAAGAGAUAUAAAUUCAAGAAGCUGAGGCACUGCUUGACUGGAGGGGAGCCACUCAACCCAGAGGUGCUGGAACAUUGGAAGGCGCAAACAGGGCUGGAGCUGUAUGAAUGCUACGGGCAGACUGAAGUGGGUAUAAUUUGUGCCAAUCAGAAAGGUCAAGAAAUUAAACCUGGCUCUAUGGGAAAAGGAGUGUUACCUUACGAUGUCCAGAUUAUAGAUGAAAAAGGCGAUAUCCUACCACCUGGCAAAGAAGGCGAUAUUGCUCUCAGACUAAAGUCUACCCGGCCUUUCUGUUUCUUCUCUGAAUAUGUGGACAAUCCAGAGAAAACUGCUGCUACAAUAAGGGGAGACUUUUAUGUCACUGGGGACAGAGGCCGGAUGGACAGUGAUGGGUAUUUCUGGUUUGUCGGCAGAGCUGAUGAUGUCAUUAUAUCCUCUGGGUACCGUAUCGGGCCCUUUGAAGUGGAGAGCGCACUUAUUGCGCACCCAGCAGUUGUCGAAUCAGCUGUUGUCAGCAGUCCAGAUCCAAUCCGAGGAGAGGUGGUAAAAGCUUUUGUUGUCUUAUCUGCACCCUACAAAUCGUCCAACCCUGAGAAACUAGCUCUUGAACUUCAGGAUCAUGUGAAAAAAUCAACUGCAGCUUACAAAUAUCCAAGAAAGGUGGAAUUUGUUCAAGAACUCCCAAAGACAAUCACUGGGAAAAUCAAACGCAACGUUUUGAGAGACCAAGAAUGGGGACAAAAAUAGCCUGAUAAGAAAACUUGAGGAAUUAAAUAGUAACAUGGUUGCUUUCUUUUAACACUUACUUCUUGAUAAUUCAGUGGCUGCUUUCUUAAAGAUUUUUUUUUUCUGUUUGAAAAUUUGAGUUUUUGUUUUCCACUUAGCCAAGAAAUAAAAAAAUACUCUAAACGGA